AUGUCAGCUACAGGAAAGCAAAACCAAACCUACAUUAUGGAAUUCAUCCUCCUGGGAUCUGGGAAUUUCCCUGAUAUCCAGCCUGCUCUGUUCCUGUUCUUCUUGGUGGUCUAUAUGGUGACAAUGACAGGGAACAUCCUCAUCAUUGUGCUAGUGGUGGCUAACCAGCAUCUCCACAUGCCAAUGUACUUCUUUCUCACCAACUUGUCUUGCUUAGAGACUUGCUACAGCUCUACCAUCCUGCCCAGGCUGCUGGCCAGCUUCCUGACAAGGGACAGAAGUACUUUUUACAGCAGCUGCAUGACACAGUUUUUCAUAUUUGCUUUUCUAGUUGGGGUGGAGUGUUAUCUCCUGGCAGUGAUGUCUUAUGAUCGAUACUUAGCAGUAUGCAAACCUUUGCAUUAUGUCACCUUAAUGAAUCGUAAGUGUUGCAUAGCACUGGCUGCUGGGGCCUGGGUAGGUGGUUUUAUGAUUAGCUUUGUUAUCAUAUUGUUGAUGUUGCAAAUUACAUUUUGUGAUCGCGGUGAGAUUGACCAUUCCUUCUGUGAUUUCACACCUAUGAUAAAAUGCUCCUGCAGUAACACAUUCCUGAUAGAAAUCAUAACUUCUUUGAUGUCUGCUGCAUGUACUGUGCUGCCAUUUCUUUUCACUGUAGCAUCCUAUAUUUUAAUUGGCAUUGCCAUCUUGAGAAUCCCUUCAGCUACAGGGAAGCAAAAGGUGUUUUCCACGUGCUCCUCUCACCUCAUUGUGGUCACUAUUUUCUAUAUAACUCUCAUCCUUGUCUAUAUGUUACCAAAAACUUACAAUCUCACAGCUUUUAACAAGUUGUUGUCUGUCUUCUACACUGUUGUGACUCCCAUGGUGAAUCCACUUAUCUACACCUUAAGGAAUGAGAAGGUCAGAGAAGCCCUGGGGAAAGCACUCCAGGCAUUUAUGGAUUUAUAUAAAUGA